AUGCUGGGCAUGUACGUGCCGGAUAGGUUCGCCCUGAAGUCGUCCCGGGUGCAGGACGGGAUGGGGCUCUACACGGCCCGCAGAGUGAAGAAGGGUGAAAAGUUUGGCCCCUUUGCAGGGGAGAAGCGAAUGCCGCAGGAAGUGGAUGAGAGCACAGACUGCAGGCUCAUGUGGGAAGUUCGUGGGAGCAAAGGCGAGGUCCUUUAUAUCCUGGAUGCCAGCAACCCACGCCAUUCGAACUGGCUGCGCUUUGUCCACGAGGCUCCAUCCCAGGAACAGAAGAACCUGGCAGCCAUCCAGGAGGGGGAAAAUAUUUUCUAUCUGGCUGUGGAAGAUAUUGAAACAGACACAGAACUUCUGAUUGGCUACUUGGACAGUGACAUGGAAGAAGAGGAGGAGGAGGAGGAAGAAGUGACUGUUAUCCAGGAAGAUGAAGACAGUGGCAGCAAUAAAGAAGUUCAGCCAGCUGGUGAAAAAAUUGCAGAUCCCCUCACCUGUAAACAGGACCACGCAUGCCCAAACUGUGAAUCCAGUUUUGCCAGCCAGGAGAUCCUAGCUGAGCAUCUGCAGACUUUGCACCAAAAACCCAGUGAGGAAAAGGAAUUUAAGUGCCGAAAUUGUGGAAAGAAAUUCCCUGUUAAGCAAGCUCUACAAAGACAUUAUGAGCAGCACAAGGAGGCAUGCAGAGGAGAUGCCAGGUUCAUAUGCAAGGCAGAUAGCUGUGGGAAGAGGUUCAAGAGCAAGGAUGCCCUGAAAAAACACAAAGAAAAUGUUCACAGUGGAAAUUCUAGGAAGAAGCUGAUGUGUUCAGUGUGCAAUAAGAAAUGUUCCUCAGCAGCAAAUCUCCAGGAGCAUCGAAAGGUCCAUGAGAUCUUUGAAUGUCAAGAAUGCGACAAGAAAUUCAUUUCGGCGAACCAGCUGAAGCGCCACAUGAUAACUCAUUCAGAAAAACGCCCCUACACCUGCGAGGUUUGCAAUAAGUCCUUCAAACGACUUGAUCAAGUGACUGCACACAAAAUAAUACACAGUGAAGAUAAACCUUAUAAAUGCAAGCUUUGUGGAAAGGGAUUUGCCCACAGAAAUGUUUACAAGAAUCACAAGAAGACCCAUUCUGAAGAGAGACCGUUCCAGUGUGAGGAAUGCAAAGCCUUGUUCCGAACCCCCUUCUCUCUACAAAGACAUCUGUUAAUCCAUAACAGUGAGAGGACCUUCAAGUGUGAUCAUUGUGAUGCCACUUUCAAAAGAAAGGACACAUUAAAUGUUCAUAUUCAAGUUGUACAUGAUGGACAUAAGAAAUACAAGUGUGACCUGUGUGACAAAGCUUUUGUGACACCCUCAGUCCUGAAGAGCCAUAAGAAAACUCACACAGGAGAAAAAGAGAAGAUUUGCCCGUAUUGUGGACAGAAGUUUGCAAGCAAUGGAACACUGAGAGUUCACAUUCGAAGCCAUACAGGUGAGCGUCCUUACCAGUGUCCCUACUGUGACAAAGCUUUCAGCAAGAACGAUGGCUUGAAGAUGCACAUUCGCACCCACACCAGGGAAAAGCCGUACCAGUGCUCGGAGUGUAACAAGGCUUUCAGUCAGAAGCGAGGCCUGGACGAGCACAUGAGGACCCACACCGGGGAGAAGCCCUUCCAGUGUGAUGUUUGUGACCUGUCCUUCAGCCUGAAGAAGAUGCUGAUCCGCCACAAGCUGACUCACAACCCCAAUCGCCCCAUGGCCGAGUGCCAGCUCUGCCACAAGAAGUUUACAAGGAAUGACUACCUCAAAGUGCACAUGGAAAAUGUCCAUGGAGAAACUGACAGCUAA